AUGACGUUAAGCCGCCUCGACCAACAGCUACAGAGCCGGUCCGCAGGGCAGACGGAAGUAGUGCAGGCAAAGUGGACCCGCAGUCAGUCGCAGCAAGGUGCUGCAGAGUCGGGUUGUGGCUCACGUGCCUUGGACCAAGAUGCCGCGCUUCGCCUUGACCGUCAUCCGCCAUGGAUCACCCUGCAGAAUUUGAAAGUGAGUGGUGAAGCGCCCUCAGCUCCUUCCAAAUACAUCGCCCUGACCUUUCUGCAGCCUCCGCCCUCUGGCUCGUGCGAAACAAGACUUAACAAGGAGAAAAUCAUUCAAGGGCAAGGAGUAGACGCGCCCCUUUCCGAGACUGGGUUUAGGCAAGCAGCUGCCACUGGUCAGUUUCUGAGCAACGUGCACUUUACCCACGCCUUCUCCAGCGAUCUCACGAGGACUAAGCAGACCAUACAUGGCAUUCUGGAGAAAAGCAGAUUUUGCAAAGACAUAGCAGUGAAGUAUGACUCCAGACUUCGGGAAAGGAUGUAUGGGGUUGCAGAAGGCAAGCCGCUAAGUGAGCUUCGGGCUAUGGCCAAAGACGCUGGGGAAGAGUGUCCCAUGUUCACCCCGCCUGGAGGAGAGACAGUAGAGCAGGUAAAAAUGCGUGGAAAGGAUUUCUUUGAUUUCAUUUGUCAGUUGAUUCUGGGCAAGGCAGGCCAGAGAGAAAGCUUCCUCCCCGGAGCGCCAGACACCUGUUUGGAAAGCUCUUUGGCGGAGGUUUUCCCCAUGGGAAAACACGGCAGCUUGGGGACGGACCCCAAGCAUGGUGCCCUGGGUUUAACCGCCAGCAUCUUGGUCGUGAGCCACGGGGCUUACAUGAGAAGCCUCUUUGCUUAUUUCCUGAGUGACCUCAGAUGCUCACUGCCAGGCACAAUAGACACAAUAGACAAAUUCGAACUUUCCUCCAUCACUCCCAACACUGGCAUCAGUGUCUUCAUCAUCGACUGCGAGGAAGCACGCAAGCCAACAGUCCAGUGUGUUUGUAUGAACCUCCAGGAGCAUCUAAGCAGAGGGGUUGAAAAGCACUGAGUCCAAAGCCCCCGACCGUGGGGCUCCGAAGGGAGGGCCUUGGCCUCUUGUGUUUUCGUCCUCUGCCCCUGCUGUUUAGAAGCAGGUGAGACUUGUGCCAUAAAGCCCCACUGGGGUCCUGGCUGUAUCCGCUGUUAGUGGGAAUCCACUCAGAGUCAGCCUGGUUUUUCUGAGACACCAUUUUCUACCGUGAUUUUGUCACCCUGUGCCCGUUAUGUCUGUGAACUAUUAACUUAUGAGGACACUCAGCAUUGCACACGGGGGAUGAAGCCUUUUCUCCACAUUCUCCUUUCAUUGGCCUCUUCCAUGGUGUUGAAGAUCAUUUUAUGUUUUUCCACUCACUCACCAAGUGCUUGCAAGAAAGAAUGGUUUAA